CAAACCCGCACUGAAGUUUUCCAUUUUGGAGUUUCUUUUGUAACACGAGGUGUCACCCAAACCACGCUUGCUCGAAAAUAACCAUGGAGCUCGGAGAUAAACUUAAAGAACUAAACUUGACCGCGGAUGAAUUGGACACUCUCUCUAAAGCGCUCAAAGAUGAUAAAUUCAAGGAAAUGCUGCGCGACUACGCCCAAGAAAUAUCCGACCCCGACAACAAAAAGAAAUAUGAAGAGGAGAUAAAACUUUUAGAGCAGGAGAGAGGAAACAGCAUCGAGUUCAUCCACCCAACACCGUUUAGAGUUAUCAAAACAAGCGAGGGUGGCAAACAGAAAUGCUUCAUCAACAUUUGUACCAAUGAGAAAGUUGGAAAGCCCGAAUUUAAGUGUGUUGUGUCAGAGGAUGGUCGCAGAGGGCAGUGUUGGUCCCUACCCCACACUCUGCAUCCUGGGAGGCCAGACACAGAUGCUAAAGGUAACAAAUUUAUGAUUUAUGAUGUCAUAUACCAUCCUGACACACUCUACAUAGCAAGCAGAAACACGAAAUUUAUGGAUAUAGUGGAUGACACAGCCAUCCAGGGAAUUCAGAAAGCCUUUAAAGUGAUGCUGGACAAAAAGAAUGUGAAAGAAAUGAGAAUAAAAUACAAAGGUAUCCCACAGCCUUGUGUAAUCCGAAAACCCAUUCCUGGAUACAAGGCCAAGGAGCCUCCUGAGCACCCUGACCCACUUGCCUUCCCAUUUCCAGAUGAAGCACAGCUGAAGACAAAACCUGUUGAGCUGCCUUCAACAGAAAACGGCAACGAUGUUGAACCCAAAAACUGCCAAAUCCAGCUGCCACAAGCCAAAGCUCCAACCAAGCCAAACCACACAGUAAAAUAUCGAUCUUUCGUUGAUUUACAGGACUUCAGGUGUUCCAGAGAUUCUGCCCAAAGCCCCAGGCCUAAAGAGAUCGUAGUUACCAUUGAUAUGCCACUCCUGAAGUCAGUUACAAAUACCAGCCUUGAAGUGAAAGAGAAAAGCUUGCUGCUAGAGUCCAAAAACCCAGCUUACAGACUGGAGCUGCCUUUAGCCUACCCUGUGGAUGAAGACAAAGGAGAAGCUAAGUUCAACAAACAGAGAAGACAGCUUAUUGUCACGUUACCUGUUCGUCCUCUGAAUGUGGCUUUUGAUUAUGUUGUACCACAAACAAGUGUCGAUGGUUUUCAGAGUGACGGUGAAAGCCUGGAGGAGAGAAGAGGGGUUAAAAAAGACGUCAAAUGGAAAGAGAGAAAGCAGGAGCAGCAAACAGGUGAUGAGGAAAAAGAAGCAGAAGAAAGACAAAUAAAAGAGCACAAGUCCAGAGUAGACAAAUGUGAACAUCAGAAGAGAGGAGCAGAGCAGUAUCAAAAGGCAUGGGAAGAAGAAGAGACUGGUGUGGAGGAGAAAAAGAGGAAGCAGCUGGAACAAAAAGGCCAAGACAAUGAAGAAGAAGGAAGUAAAAGUGAGGUACAAAAAACUGACAAGAUUCCUGAAAGUGACAUGCAGGAAAAGGAUGAGAAAUUACAAAAAAAGGUAAAUAAAAAGGAAGGUUGGCACAACAACCCAGAGGAAGACAGUUCUUUUGUCCUGGAAAAGGAAAUUUUUGCUGAAGAAAACGUUGUACAUGACAGACUUGAGGCGUCCCCUGAAACUGAGAAUCAGCACAUGUUAAUUUAUGAUCAACACUCCAGUCACACAGGAAAGGAAAAAGAAGCAAGUCCCACCUCAAGAUUGGAGUCAGCACCUAAAAUGAAGUCUGAAUAUAGUCAAGAGACUGGAAAGACCAAAAUAAUACAAGAAAAUAUGCAGGUGAGAACAGACGCGGCACUUCAGAACCAUACAUCCAGUGAAGAAUCUCAGACUACUGCAGUCACAGCUGCCAUAAACCAGUGCAAUGAAGGAGAAGUUUGCAUUUCUGUGGGGGGUGCAAAGUCCAGCAAGAUUUCUACAGCGGAUGUAGCAAAAACAUCUAACAGUGGAGACCCAGGUAGAUGGUUCACCCUUUGUUCUGAAAAACCUGCCCCUGUGUCUGUAAAGGAAAAUAAGGAGGAUACAGAUGAAGAUGACCUGUCAGCGGAGCAGAUCUUCCAAACUUCAGAGAACAAGCCGCCACCUUCAUUAUUGAGGGAGAUCGAUGCAGAUGGAAAUGAGACAGUGAUCAGUGAUCAUUCAACAUCUGCUGGGUUCAUUUUUCAAAACAAACUGAUGUAUGAGCUGGACUGAUGGAGUUUGUUUCGAGUCAGCAGUAAAUUCAGUUAAAGUCAUCAGAAUCUUGUAUAAAACAAAGCCUAGCCUUCAUCUGUUUAUUUAAAAAAAAAGUAGUUUGGAAUAGUAUGGAAAAAUAGUUUAAGUAUAUCUGAAUAAACUACUGACAACA